AUUCUUGUCACUUUGCACACAACAACACUAGGUAUCGUCGUCAGUAGCGAUCAGUCGAGAAAGUAAGACGCAACAAUUUUAAAUCUUCCUAAGAAUUGAAAAGAACAGUUAAGUGUAAUUAAUUGACAAAACAUGUUUUUCGCAAAAAUUUGAAAUACAAAGUACCAUAUCGGAAACAGGGAAAAUAGUUCUUCUCUGAAGCUUUUCAAGGGCUCAAUAUUGUGGCAAAAAUGGGAAUGGCGUCUCUAAAACUAUUUUUCAACAUAAUUCUAAUGCUUAUCGUUGUGACGGCUGAUGAAAAUAUUAGGAAAUGCCCGAAUUCUGAUUAUUUACCGCUCACUGAAGAAGAGCCAACGGAUUAUAACAUGAAUCUCGAAAUAAAUACGAAAUUCCAAAUUCAAAAGGGCUCAAUCGAUAUUAAAAUGUACAUCAAGAAAGCAACGAUGAAAAUAACUCUACAUUUACGCAAAUUGGAAGUAAGCUUGAAGCACACAUGGAUUAAGCCGAUACAGCACAAAUAUCAAGAGAAUACAACUGAAAAACUAUAUGAUAUGCAAUAUUGUCCUGAACAUGAUAUUUUCAUUAUGAUUUUUGGAAAAAUUUUAAACCCAGGGAAAUAUUUGUUACAUAUAGAAUACAUGUCUUUAUUACAUCAAAAACUAGGCGAGAUCCAUCGACCAUUUAUGAAGUUUGAAGAGAAGAAGUGGCUGUUUACCAACUUAUAUAAAUCAGACUCGAUACGAGGACUGUUUCCGUGCUGGGACAAUCCGGCAGUAAAAACAUCUUUCCGCAUCAAAAUCUGUUACCCAUUAGAACACAGAGCUUUCUCGAAUAUGCCCGCAUGGUCCGAAUCGAAACCAGGUGCACUUAUGAAUAUGACAUGUGCAAACUUUUGGGAAACCCAAGUGAAACCGAUUUCUCACUUGACCAUUGGGAUAUUCGAUAAUAUCACAACGCAUCCUUUGUCUGACGAGAUAAACAAUAUAUGGCAUCAUCCGGGCUCAGAGGAAACAUUAGAAUACUUGCACAACGCGAUAACAUCAGUUAUGUCAUAUUUUUCUCGUCAUUUAGAAUUACAAGCGCAUGAGAUCAUAAAGAAAAUCGAUCAUGUUGUAAUUUCAAAUAGUCUGAUGAAGUCCACAGGAAGACACGGACUCAUUAUUUACAGAGAGAAGGAUGUUCGAUACGAUAAUAAUACAGAUUUACCUGGCAAAAAAAUUGACAUUUUGAGGUUGGUAGCAUACGAAAUGGCACGUCAAUGGUUCUUUAGCUCGUGUCUGGACAAUGAUAUGGUGCUAAAAAAUAACGAUUUACUUGCAGCCUUUUACGGCUACUAUGUCGUUCCUCAGAUAACUGCAGAUCAUAAAUAUAUGGAUCUGCUUGCAGUCGAAAAUAUACAGGCUGCUUUAGAUAGUGACUUUCUCUUAGAUAAAAUGCCUUUGACGAAUAUAGUUAAGAACACCGAUGGAAUUAACGCACUACAUCACUCUCUCCUGUAUCGCAAGAAAGCUUUCACCCUCAUUCGCAUGUUACUGCACAUUAUGACUCCACCGAAAUUUCAAGAGGCCAUCGCCAAGUAUAUGCAAGUAUGUACGCUUUAUCCUAAUGGCAAGGAAAAUUUAUGGAACUUCUUACAAGACAUCUAUGCUAAACGUGAAAAAUACAUAUAUACAAUACAAGAAAUAAUGAAUUCAUGGCUAUUGACAAGAUAUCAUCCUAACAUGUACUUUGAACGUAAACCUGGUCGAAGCGUGUACGAUUACUAUUCAACAACCUCUGCCAAGGAUCCAGGAUGGAAGAUACCUAUAACUUUUAUUGUGCUGAAAAACCAUAUAGAUAGAUCAUUAAAUACCUCGAAAAUUAUUUGGUUAGAAUUUUUUGAAAAAACCUUGAAGAGCAUUAAACCAGAAGACUUUUUUAUAGUCAAUAUAGAUCAAAUAGGAUUUUACCGUGUUGGUUACGACAGAAGAAAUUGGCAAGGAAUUUACGCAUAUUUAAAUGAUCGUAGUAAAUAUAAAAAUAUACCUGUUAUCAAUCGCGCCCAAAUAAUUAAUGAUGCGUAUUAUUUUACGACCAAAGGCGAAAUGGAUGUCUCUGUCUUUUUGAAUAUUACUCUGUUUCUAAGACAUGAGACGGAUUACAUAGUGUGGUAUCCGAUGUUUAACAUUUUCGCUCGUAUGUCAAAAUUCUUCGAUCAUGUACAAAGUGGACGUAUAAAAUCACACUUUAUACAUAUUUUGAGUGGUCUUUUGGGAAACUUGAGAUAUGAAAACCGCCCAGAGGAUGACGCUAUGAUGAUAUCGUUAAGAACAUUAGCAAUAAAAUGGGCCUGUAAGAUAAAACUUUUAGGGUGUUUCAACGCCGCUCUCAAGGAAUUAUUUCACUAUAUCGACUACCCAGAAUCAAGAUUCGAUCAAAUCCCGGCGAUGUGGAAAGAUUGGGUACUUUGUUCGGGAACACGGAUGCUAGAAAAAGACGUUUGGAUGCCUCUUUUCCAUGAAGCAAUACGUUACGAUCAAAAGCUCUUCAAGUAUUUAGCUUGUAAUGAAAGAGAAGACGUUAUCAUGAAAUACUUGGAUUUGAUGGAGGAUCCGAAAACUGAAUCACUGAUGAAAGGAGAAGCGUAUCGUUAUAUUAUAAAGAGACAAGCAAGCAAGGACUUUGUGCUUGAUUAUUUCUUAGAAAAUCAUAAUUGGAUAAAAAAAAGGUUACCUCUUGAUUUUCCCGGUAAUGAUCUAUUGUAUACUAUUAUUAUGAGUGUGUAUUCCAAGGAACAUAUUAUAAAGGUAUAUAAAGUAGUAAACAAAAUUGACCGUUAUAGCGUUAUGUAUAACACAUCGAAAUUGGUUCGUCUACGAAAAGAGCAAACAGAAAGGGAGCAAAAUGCGUUUAAAAUUUUUUGGUGAAUUUUGGAAAAAAUUUUAAUCUUAUAUAACACAUCUUGUGGAAGUCGUGUGACCUUGAGUAACUUUUAAAAUGUUUUAACUGAUGAUGUUUUAGAAACAUUACAUAUAUGGAUGAAACCCACAAACAUGUACUAUUUCUAUACAGAUAUCAGUAACUUUUGUUAAUACUAUUGUUUUAAUUAGUUUAAUUUUUAGUUUAUUCUUUAAUACAGUAACAAUUGGUUAAAACAUUGUAAAAAUUAUUAAGUAUUUUAAUCAAUAAAAUGCGUCAGGGUCAGGGCCUCGUCCGUAAGGCAAGUUACCGUCAACGUUUAUCUUACACUGAGAGAAAAAAAUAAUUGGAAUAACUAUAAUCUCACUAUAUUUUAUAGUUUAUUUUGGCCUCAAACAUAUAUUUAUAGUUCAUCUAAACACAAAGAUAUAGCAGAAUGAACAUACAUUUAUAAUC